GGGACAUGUGGCAUUCCUUCUCCACUUGUCUGAAGAGGUAUAAGGAGAUGGGCUUACUCCAUGGAGUCUUAACUCUGCUUCUGCUGAUGACCCUACACUGGGCUACUGGCUCUCAGAGAGACCCAUGCCAGUCUCCAGAGGUGCAGUGUGACUUUGUGUGUGACUGCAAUGACUGCAACGAUGAACUAGACUGUGGCUAUAGGGGGAGGGAGUUUGUGUGUGACUUUGAGGAGCCAGCGAGCUGUGGGUGGAAGGACCAGUCCCUGGAGGCAGGGUACUCCUGGGAGAGAAGACAGAGGGGGGAUGCACUUCCAGACAGCGGACCCUCCUCUGACUUUACGACCGGGACGGCCUCAGGCUGGUUCAUGGGCGUGACGUCGGUGCAGGCAGGUUCUCCUGCCACAGCUGUGCUGGUGUCUCCCGCGAUGAGGCAGUCCUCCCCCACAUGUCGCCUUCAUCUCAGAUACUUCCUGUGGGACUCAGGCCACACAGGGCUGGGCGCCGCUCCACUGUGGGCCUCCCUGUGGCGAGAGGAGGUGGGGCAGGAGGCCGUGGUGUGGCGUCCCGACGGGACCAGCGUGCGUGGCUGGAGGGAGGCCACCGUCUUCCUGGGCCGCGUCCCCUCCACCUUCCGGAUCCGCUUCCACUCCCGUCGCUACGAGGGUCGCCGUGGAGACGUGGCCGUGGACCAGCUGGAGUUCCUGGAUUGCGCGAUGCCACAGCCCCCCCAGGAGGAGUCCUGUGCAGCAGGGAUGCUGCAGUGUAAGAACCUGGGCUGUGUGGCGCAGCGUCAGGUGUGUGACGGCACCGACGACUGCGGGGACAGAACUGACGAGGAGAACUGUGGUGGGUACUGGAGCUGUGACUUUGAGGAGGACGUUUGUGACUGGGACCUGAGGUCUUUGUCCCCUCUCAGAUGGAAAAGGACCAAUCAAAUGAACAUCUCCCUGUCUGACCCUCGUCAGGGCCCUGGGAGAGACCACUCCCACAACACUGCUUCAGGUCACUUCCUGUACGUCACCGCGCCUGAGACGGCGCUCAAAGCUGAUUGGGCCGCCUUUCAAACCCCGUUCCUGGAUCCGACCAAUAGCACACAUCCGUGUAAGGUGGUGAUGUACACCCACCAGUUUGGGCCCCGGGCCGGGGGUCUGUCUGUGCUGGUGGCUGACCGGGAGAUCCACCCGGUGUGGGAGAGAGGGGGCGCGCUGGGGGACCUGUGGGUGAAAGGAGAGCUGGAAGUCGUCACCAAUAUGACCUUCAAGAUUCUCUUUGUUGCUGCCAUCAGGGACAAGGAAUAUGGAGGGAUCGCCGUGGACAGCAUCACCAUGUCCCCAGAAUGUCAAAUCUCUAAAGGAAAUAACACAGCAGUAAGGUUUCCCAAACCACCCCCACAUCCCUGCACGGAGAGUGACCAGAUCUGUGACUUUCAUGUUGACUGUCCAGAGGCACAGGAUGAGGCCAAGUGUGGUGAUUUCUCCUAUGAGGGGGGUAGUUCUGGCUGGACUGACAGCAGCAUUGGUGGACAGGGCUGGCAGCUGAAGAUGUACAAUGCUACCACCAAAGAGCAGUAUCUGUGUGUGGCCCAGGCCCCGGGGCAACAGCUGAGUGAAGCCCAGACAAGGACUCCUCUCCUGGGGCCCUCGGGGCCUGCCUGCACCCUCAGCUUCUCCUUCUCCCUCACCGGGCCGCCCGUACACAUAGGUGAGCUGUCAGUCAGGGUGAUUGACAGCCUGCUGGGGGAGGGGCCCAGGCUGUGGGAGUAUGCUGGGAAGACGGGGUCGUCGGAGGAGGGGGCGUGGCUGAAGGAGGAGAUACACCUGGGGGUCUGGGAUCACCGCUUCCAGUUGGAGUUCCUGGCCCGUUCGAAGGUGCUCGGCCCGGACGUUCAGAUAGCUGUGAAAGAUGUCCGCUUUGUCAACUGUCACCCUGACUACUUCCAGUCUUCAUCCACGGAGCUGUCUUGUAAUUUUGAGGAGGGACUGUGCAACUGGUACCAGGAUCACGCUGACAACUUUGACUGGACGGUUCAGUCAGGGAUGGAUCACUCUACUGGCAUUGGUAAAAGCUUGGUGGUAGAUAUGUGGAGUCCCUCUCUACGAGGUUUGUCUGGUCGGCUGGUUUCUUUCCCUCAGCCACCAACCUCCCAAGAACACUGCCUUUACUUCUACUACAGACUCUAUGGACCGGACACAGGUGAGCUGAAGGUGAAGCUACACGAUCCUAACGGCUACGAGGUUCUGCUGUGGAGCAGGGGCGGUCCCCAUGGUAACGUGUGGCACGAGGGUCACUGCCCAGUUGCCCAGCAACUAACUUCCUUCCAGCUGGUGUUCGAGGCGGUGCGCUCAGGAUUCGACGGGGAGGUGGCGUUAGACGAUGUGGCGCUUUACAAGCGUCCGUGCUCCGUGCCCAGGGCCUGCUCCUUCGAGGGCCAGGCGUGCGGCUUCACUUCCGGCUACGGCCCCGCCCGCUGGCGCCUCCAGAACGGCUUCUCCACCAGCACCGGGCCCAGAACAGACCACACGCUGGAGACACAGAUGGGGUACUACAUGAUGCUAGACAGUGAUAAAGAGGUCCUCCCACAAGGGGCUGUGUCCACCCUCACCUCCCCCCUGAGCUGGGCCAGCUACAACCCCAAGUGUGUCAACUUCUGGUAUCACAUGGGAGGAAAGAACCCAGGGUCGUUCUCCGUGUACGUGAAGCCAGAGAAGGGAGAGAGAGUGAAGAUCUUUUCCAACAGCGUGAGCCGGGGAGGCGUCUGGCGUCACGGCAACGGCAGCAUCAGCGUCAGCGCUUCUGACUGGCAGCUGGAGUUCGAGGUGGAGGGAGCAGGAGGAACACACAGCUACGUGGCCCUGGAUGACGUCAUCCUGUCGAACCACCCCUGCCACUCACCAGGUGAGGAUUGUGACCUGGAGCGAGGUCUGUGUGGCUGGACCAACACCCAGAACACCACACUGGACAAGCUGGACUGGGAGCUCACCAGUGCUGAGGCAGAGUCCCACUACCCCACCCCGCCCUGGGACCACACGCUGGGGAAUGAGAGAGGCCACUUCCUGUUUCUUCCCAGCAGCAGCAGGGACACAGCCAAUCACAACGCUCAGCUGCUGAGUCCACACCUGCCCUCCACCAAAGGCACCUGCCUGCGCUUCUGGGCUCACAAGCCCUCCUCCGGUGACAGUUAUCUGAAGGUGUUGAGGUGGUCUGGGGUCCAGUCACAGCAGCUGCUGGAGGUCAGGGAAGUGACCUCUGUGUGGAAACGCUUCGACAUCAACAUUACCUCUGCUGAGGAGUACCAGAUUGUGUUUGAGGGAUUCAAAGGCACAUCAGGAGUGUUUGCUCUGGAUGACAUCCAGUACACCGUAGGAUUCAACUGUGCAGGCGCUGCCACCGACCCACUGCCCACACACCCACCAGACAAUGCAGGCGGCAUUGCGGCCUCCAUCAUCGUGCUCCUGCUGCUGGUCGCCACCCUGGCAGGGGUGUUGUGCUACUUCCUGCGUGAGAAGAAGAGGGCAGGAAGUGCUUCUCAAGCUUCCUGUUCUGACCAGGGCUUCAGCAAUGACUCGUAUGAUCAAAGUCUCACAGACCCAACAGGUGGGACCAGGGCCGGCUCCGGAAUAUUUUCAGUGGAGGAGAACAGGGAGGAGCAGCCGUGAAUUGGGGGGGGCAUCCAAUUAGAGUCAGAUGGCUGAGCAGUGAGGGAUUCGGGCUAGUAAAAAGUUGCCGGAUUGAUUCCC